AUGUAAUAUGCGCAAAUGGAAACAUUUUAUGAAGAUUUGACUUUGAGAACGCGUUAUUUGUGUAGCGAAAUCCACGUUUUAGACGAAGCCUCUUGCAACACCAGCCAACACGAGCCUCGCAGACACAUAUACCGUCAUUCCCAUGACGGCACGGUGCCCCCUUAAGAAACUCCCAUAGACGGUGGCGCCAGAUUACCCUCUAGGUGUUAUAGUGAGAAACUCUGUGGCUGUGGCACCAUCUGUUGAAGUAGACGCACUUUUACGCAUCCCUGACCUUCGAGAUCGUGCCGCGACGCCACGCGCAGUUCUUCUCUCGACGCUGUUGCGCCGACGCGCAUGCGUCUACCUUCACCAAGCGCCGAAGCCCGGCGGCGUUUUUAACGCGACAGCGUUAAGGAGCUCGUGUCGCAGAAAAGCCGGUGUCGUCGGCGUCGGUGUCGGCGGCGUUGGCCGUGAGCGAUAAAUCCCAGCAGGCACUUCAUGAAUAAAAAAUGGCUGUGGCCUAGCUAAGGUUAAGCCCAGGAUGCGAAGCAUACUAGCCUAUAUUUUAGUUGUUGAACCACUGUUUAGCCUGGUGAACUGCUGUUGCUUGGCUAUAUUUGGUUCGGCUAGUAGAAGAAACAACUCAUGCGUUACUCUGAUGCGCCUUCAAGAGUGGAACGCGACAGCGUUCCCGUCGACCCGCCAAGGGGUGUAAGACAAUGGGCUACGGCGCAGCGACUACGCGCCCCGCAUUGGACGCGGUGAGCGUCGAGCAACGCAGCGUUCGGCGCGGCAACGAAAUGUGCGCCUGAGCAAGCGACGCACGCCUGAGCCUUAGAAACAGCUCGUUUCUAAGGCAACACCGCAUUCACUAGAGGCGCUUUUGUACCGCUUUGAAGCAUCGUACUCGUGGCUCAGUGGAAUAAAGAAAAAAAAAAAAAAACUCGUGGCUCAGUGGUAGUGUCUCCGUCUCACACUCCGGAGAACCUGGUUCGAUUCUCACCCAGCCCGUCUUGCAAGAGUUGAGCCAAAGCCACCUAGAAAAUCAGUCUCUGUAGCACGCCGCAACCUUCGCUUCUCAUUCCAACGAGCAGCUCUGUCUCCAGGAGGCAUCUCACCUCGUGAGUGUCUAGCAGAGGCAAGCGCAGCUGCUUAUAUACCGCCGCGAGCGACGGCGCGAGUUGGAGCAACACCCUCUCAAUAUUCUUCAGGCCUCUCCUGACCCUCCUUUCCACACGCGCUACGUCACGCCAUGUGUCCGGCUGCUCGACCGGCAUGGCCAUUCCCGCAAGCGACAGCACAAACGCCAAUGCCGACGCCGUCCCUGUUCCCGCGUUCGCCACGAACGCGCGUGGAGCGCGCGCAAGUGAACUUGAGUGCAGCCGGCGUCUCAUCCAGCGUCUAGUUCAGUUGACUCGCUAGCAGCGUCAGCGGCGUCAGUCAGUCGCUGCCACUUCUUCGCUGUGCAGCGGUCCUAAUGCAAGUUCCUGUCUUUGUAGACCAGUGUUUUAUUGUGUUUGCUUGUGUUUACUUAGACAACCUCUGCAACGUCAGCAGUAUCUUUUCCGUGUGGCUGUUCCUUUUGUGGCGUGCAUACGUUUACUAUCGUAGGAAUGGAAAGUUCACCCGGAGUUCAUCGCUGAAUGCCUGCCUUGUUGCGGCGAGUGUAUCUUUGUGAAAUAUGGGCCGGUGCUGUGUUCCCGGGUGCCGUGGAAACUAUGACAAUGGCCCAAAAGUGCGUGUUUACUGCUUUCCAAGAGACGAAGCACUGAAGAAAGCAUGGUUGCGAGCCAUUCCAUGGAAGGAUUUCACACCUACAGCGCAUUCGAGGGUAUGUGAACUGCACUUCCACGCAGAUGACUUCAUCAGGACGUUGUCUCAUCAAGAUGAACAGUCGGGACGAACAAUAGAGAUGAAGCGUGAUAGACUGCAGUUGAAGAAGGAUGUUGGGCCUUCUCUGUUUCCAAACUGUCCAAAAUAUUUUUCCUCAACGCCAGCACGCAGUGAAUCGCCAGACAACAAAAAAGCAAGAAGGGAAAAUGCUGUGCUGCAGGAGGCUAUGAGAAGAUCCCUUGAAUCUAAUGAACUAGAACACAAAAGUAACUAAAUUUCAUCAUACGAGGAACUGAAAGCAAAGCUGUCUGGAAUUUGCAACACAACAUUUUGGACUGUUUCUGUCGAUGAACAGUGCGUUAGGUUUCUUCUCAUUGAGAACGAUCCUUCACCUAAUGUGAAAUGCGCCUUGCUAGUUCUCCCAGAUCUAUCACUUUCCGUUUUCCUGAACGGAGUGAAGCUUCAGUCGCUUCCUAUGGGUAGCACUGUGCCAUUUCAACUAUGUGACACCUCCAGUCUGUCCUUGUUGCUAGAGGAGAUCGAGAAACACUUCCAUGAUAUACCUGGAGUGACGAAAGAGUCGAAGGAAACUAAAGUAUUAAGCUUACUCAGUUCACUUCUUGCAGACGUCAUUGAGGACAGUGACACGCCGAAAGAACACUCUGCUUUAUUGAAAUUUCUGGGUGAGCAGAUAGAACUUCUUGCGAAGCAGCGUGUGUAUAGUCCAGAACUAUUGGUACUCGCAAGUAUUAUGAAUUCAAUUUCUCCUCACGACUAUCACUUCACAAGAGCUGCAUCAAGAAUGAUCUUGCCCCGUCCUUCCACACUCCGGCGUGAUUGCUCAAAUGACAAAGCUGACCCUCUUCUAGAGCAAAAGCAAACGCACUACCUUUCCUACAUCCGAGAACGAGUGAAGUCAAUGCAAGACCAUGAAACAACCAUCACCCUGAUGAUUGAUGAGAUUCACAUAAAACCAUACUUCGACUACAAAGGGGGCACAAUAGUGGGAUCAUCGGUUCAUUCCACAGAACCCGCCACGACAGCUCAUGUGUUAAUGGUACAGUCGCUCCUUUCUGCAAAUAAGGACGUCAUUCACAUACUGCCUGUGAGCAAAAUGAGCGCAGAAAUUUUGCGCGAGCAUGCGAAAAACAUAAUCCUAAAUGUUGAGAAAAUGCGCCUUAAAGUUAUCGCUGUAGUAACAAACAACAAUGCUCUGAACAGCAAGAUGAUGUCCUUAUUUGCUGCAAGCCAUCAAGUGAGCAUUGUCUAUUCCUAUCCAGCAGACAACGCUCGUCCUCUUUUCUACGUUGUAGAUCCUGUGCAUCUGCUGAAGUGCGUACAGAACAAUUGGAUCAGCCAGAAAAAAACCACGGAACAUGUCUCUAUUUCCCUGAAAUGGACUUGAGUGGAACCAUGCCUGAAGGGCCUCCUCGUAUGAAAGCUGCUUCUUUUGCAGCUGUGCAGCAGCUUUAUUCUGCAGAGAAAUCAUCGCUUGUGAAGGCUGGCUACUGAUUGAACGCAAAAGCCGUGAAUCCAACCCCUUUGGAGCGGCAAAAUGUGAAACUCGUCCUGGAUGUCAUGAAUGAGUUCGUGUCAAAUGCACUUAGAACAAACACAUCCUUCCGCAUUCAAGAUUGCUCAAGCUGAGUCGACCGCUCUUUUCAUUGACAUUAUCCUCACAUGGUGGCGAUUGCAAAGGCUAGAGGCUUAGGGACAGCAUCCAAUAUCCUGUAGGGUCUGUUGACGACACACAGUUAACUUUCCUGAGUGCAGUUGUCGACUGGCUGGACGCUUGGAUACGAAUUGGCGCCAGCAGUGGCUCGCUGACGAAAGAGACGCACAGUGCUUUGCGACUGACGUGCUAUUGCCUGGUUGGAGUCUCGCGGUACUGCUUGGAGGAACUUCACUUUAAGUACGUCUUGCUGGGAAAGUUUUAGACGGACGCGCUAGAAGACCGGUUUGGCUGUUACCGCCAACUAGCAGGAGCACAGUACCACAUUUCGGUGCGUCAGCUCCACGAAUGUGAGAAUAAAGCUUCGUCUUCAAAAAGUUUUGACAUUUCCACGCGAUGAAAUAGAGUGUUAUGGCAUCAGUGAAGAACUUGUGGGAUGCAACUUUUCCGUGGCUGUCAGUGACGACGAUAUUGCAUGCGCCCACUCCCAUAUGGAUGCCAUUCUUUACAUUGCAGGAUAGGCCGCUCAUGCUGCUUUAAAGAAGCUUUCAUGCUCCAUUUGCUUCAGCACACUGGUUAUUGAAAACCGUGAGAUUGAAGCGGAAAGCACAGCCAUGAUAGUUAACCUAUCGAGGGGAGGGCGGAAAUUUCCGCAGCCAUGCACAGUGCAUAUGGUACUGAUGACUAAAUUAGUUGCAGAGGAAUUGUCUUUCAGAGCCAACGCGAAAGAUUUUCUCUCCUGUGGUAAUCAGCGUGGUGUUGCGAGUUCGCAGACGAUUUCUCUCCUGGAAGAACUAGACAUUGAGACAUCCGAGAAUGGUCAUAGUACACAAACUCUCUUGCGUUUGGUAGUUCGUGUUGCAACCAAUGUAGUUUUAAGCAACUUUUGCAAAGUAAGAAAUGACACUAUACAAGACAAUGCGCAGCAGAAGGCGGCAGCCCGCAAAGCAGCAACGCUGAAUAAAAAGUGAACGCAAUAAAAGUGGAUGCAAGUUCUUUCUAACGCAAUAAAAAUGCUUUUGCGAA